AUGGCUGAGCAGCCCUCCCCAGAGGUGGCCCUGCCAGCCCAGGUGAUGGCUGUGGACAACACUGAAGCCCCUCCGCUCCAGGCCACCCGCCGCGGCUCCCAGCCCCCAGCCCUGGCACGGGGCAUCGAGGAAGGUAAACCGCCGCUCCUGCCCUCCCGACGCAGCUCCAUCCUCAGCACCCACCCAGCACCCCUGGCCAGCCGCCGCAGCUCCAUCCUCAGCACCCACCCAGCACCCCUGGCUAGCCGCCGCAGCUCACUUGGGGCAGCCCCAGGUGGCAGGCACCCCUCCAUCGGCCCAUGGAUGCUCCACAGCCGUGUGAGCUUCUCCGGGCUGCCCCUCUUCCAGCCCAUCCUCAAGACCCGCCUCGAAAACACUUACAGGAUGCAGCCAGAUGAAGGUUGCAAGUUUGACAUGGGACGGGUGCAACGGGUGCUGGAGGGGACCCUGGCCAGCACCCUGGGGACUGCAGUCUACAGCCCCCAGGGCAGCGCCCCACUAGCCCAGAGCCUGGCUGAGCUGCUGCGGAGCCGGGCAAAGGAGGUGGUGCCACCCCGCUACAAGCUGGUCUGCCACGUGCUGCUGGGCCAGCAGGGCCAGCAGAGCCUGCUGGUGGCCAGCCGGGCACUGUGGGACCCUGAGAGUGACAGCUUUGCUUCUGCCACCUUCUCCAAUGCCUCCCUCUUUGCUGUGGCCACAGCGCAUGGGGUCUACUUUGAGUAG